UGAGGUUUUAGCUGCAGGAUGGUGAAAUGCUUCUCAUUUUCAAUCUAAUGUUCUUUCCCUUAAAUUUUAUACGUGUUGGUUGAUUGGUAGGUUGGUUGUUGGCUUCCUAUUGGUAACUUCCCCCAGUAAUAAAAGUGAGAGAGCAAGAAGAAGGAAACAAACAAAAAAAAGCUUUGAAGCUAUGGCGUUCGCCGAGAGAAUUGAGACGAAGAACACGCUGCUUCCACUUCUUCAUAAGCAAGUAGGAAAUGAUGAGCUGAAACCACCAACAGCUGGAUCCACCAUGACUAAGAAAGGAGCUUAUGCUGCUAUUUCUUAUAUGGCUUCCGCUGUUCUGUUGCUAAUGUUCAACAAAGCAGCUCUUUCUUCUUACAACUUUCCAUGUGCUAAUGUCAUCACUCUUUUCCAGAUUAUGUGUUCAUGCACACUUCUAUAUGCAUUGCGCCGUUGGAAGAUUAUCUCUUUCACAGUGACUGGUGAAUCUCAAAGCGUCAGUGUUGGAAGGUCAAUGAUCCUUGUACCUUUCAGAACUUUGGUUAAAACACUUCCUCUCGCCUUAUCAUAUUUGUUUUACAUGGUUGUAACUAUGGAAUCUGUUCGUGGGAUCAAUGUUCCAAUGUAUACAACAUUGAGGAGAACUACUGUAGCAUUUACAAUGAUUGCUGAGUACUUGUUGACUGGCCAGACUCAUUCACCUUUUGUUGUUACGAGUGUGGGGAUGAUUAUACUUGGCGCAGUGGUGGCUGGAUCCAGGGAUUUGUCAUUUGAUACCUACUCCUAUGCUGUGGUCUUCGUUGCAAAUAUAUGUACUGCUCUAUAUCUUGCCUCUAUUGCUCGUAUAGGGAAAUCCAGUGGUUUGAAUACCUUUGGCCUUAUGUGGUGCAAUGGGGUAAUAUGUGGGCCUCUUUUGUUACUCUGGAUAACAAUCAGGGGAGAUGUCGAAACAACAUUAAAUUUCCGUUACUUAUUUUCAAUUGGCUUCCAGUGUGUGAUGCUUCUCUCCUGUAUAAUGGCUUUCUUGAUCAACUACUUUGUAUUUCUAAAUACAACUCUCAAUUCAGCACUGACACAAACAGUCUGUGGUAAUUUGAAGGAUGUUUUUAGCAUUGGGGUUGGCUGGUUUCUGUUCGGCGGACUUCCCUAUGAUUUUAUCAAUAUUGUUGGGCAGUCAUUUGGCUUCAUGGGAUCUUGCUUGUAUGCCUAUUGCAAGCUUCAUGGGAAAUAAGAUAUCAAGAUGAGGCUGCCUUCUAUGCUUUGGACUCAUCUCUUAUAUACAAAAGAAAAAGAAUGUAGGUUAAUAUAUUGUGCUGACUUCUGCUUGCUUGUCAGCUCCCAAAUUUUGAUGCAAUCAUUUCAGGUUGUGAAAAUGCGAAAGAGGAAAGAUGUAGAACAUCCAAGUUUAUUUUUCAUAUAAUUUUUAAGUGAAUCACUUUCAUUAGAUCGAAUAAAUAUAAAAUCAAAAGUUAGGGUUAGUUUGGAAUGACUUUUUAAGUGCUUAAAAAUACUUUGCUUUUACAUUCAAAAAUAGUUUUAAAAAACUUAUAAAGUCAUUCCAAACAGACUUUUUAUCCGUUGUUGAAUCAAAUUACUUAUUGGUUGUUGUUUCAA